AUGAAACAUAUCCCUAAAUUUAUUCUUCUACUUUGCAUUGCAUCCUCGUUGGUCUAUGCCGAUACCUAUGGAUCAUGUUCUUUUUCUUCCAAUUCACCAUUGGGAAUAACUGGAUCUCUCCAAAUCACCUACAACAACAAAUGGGUUGUUGGAUACAAUAUCAACAAUAUCCCUGCUGGCGCAACUUAUCGAUUGGUUAUUAGAUCGACUGGUGAUAUUAGUACCACUACCUCAUCCGGAGAAUCUGGUUUCAGCUUUGACAAUUGUCCAAAAGGAUUACUAGGAUCUGUCACCAAGGCGAAUAGCCAAGGUGUAUGGGAUGGCCUCACUGUUUCUAACGACUACUCUCUCACCUCUGCGCAGUCUAUAAUUGGAAGAUCAAUUUCAAUUAUUGAUUCUUCUACUACUAAGUGUAAAGCUUCUGCCAAAGUUCAUGCCCAAUGUGUAAUAGGAAUUGGAAACCCAACCACCUUUUCCAUUGCCGGUCAGCUUGCCCCCGUGGACAAUUCAGCCUACCUCCAAGUUACAUCUCUCUCUAAGGCUGUUUGUGUUCUCCAGCCCACUAAUGUUGUUGAGAACAACCAGGUUGGAGGUUUUGUCCAUGUUACUGUCUACAACAAUGGUACAACAGUCUUUGCUGCUUCAGUCACAGGACUUGACACCACCGUGGCCCAUGGUAUCCAUAUCCACAACUAUGGAGAUAUCCAAUGGAUGAAUGGUUCCUCUAUUGGAGGACAUUGGAAGACUGCCAACCAGGUUCAUGCUUUGCCACCCGCGGCCAACCGUGAAUAUGGUGAUCUUGGAAACAUUUGUGUCUACAAGAAUGGUGUCGGCUACUACCUCUGGUCCACCAAAGACUUGCCAAACUUCAACAACAAUCCAAACUUGAUUGGUCGUGCAAUUGCCAUCCAUGCCAUACGUGACUCAGGUGAUUCCUCUCCUUUGGGACCACCUAUUGCCCAAUGUGUCCUGG